AUGCCAUCACCUUGCUUUUUGAGUCAAGAAAUUAUGAAGACGGCAACAACAAAAAAGAUGACAUCGAAUUUAUUCUAUUUAAAUUUAAUUUACCUUGCAGAUGAAGAUGAUGACGAAGAGGAAUCUAUGAUGAUAUUUGUAAGGAAGUUGCAUCAUGUCGGAUUUGGGUUAAGAUGA